AUAAUUUACCAACAAAGGCGGGACCAACUUUGAAACAACUGAAAAUACCACAAUUCACACAGAACAAUCCAGUUGUUCCGACAGAGUUUUAUUUCCGUACCCUUCAAUCUUUGGAUUAAUCUUAGUUAUCCAAAUUUCCACGCACCACUUCCAAAGAAAGAAAAAAGAACACCACAUAACCUGAGCGCCAGUGCGAAACCGUACGACCAAUAAUUAUACAUAGACUACUUUGAACCAGUUCUGAACUGAUAGACUUUACUAGUUAGUUCAAGCUAGUUGUACAUAGAUCUUCAGAUUUCCCGGUCCCGGUAAUUGCACAUAUAUUCCGUUCUGAAAGCGCAAUACUUUUUUGUUUUUCUUUUUGUAUAUUUACAACCUUUGACUAGGCAAUCUUUCUUUUGAUAAGACUGAGAGAGCUUAGAAUAGACAGAGCCAGCAACUUGGAACAAGUAUACAGUGCCUGUUCAGUUCAUUCUCUAGCGUUUAAAAGUUGAUUAAUUAAUUUUUUUGUCUAUUGAAUAAAGUCAAAGGAUUAAAAAACAACACGUUACCCGUUUGAAGUAUAAGAAUAUCCAAUUCAAAAUUAAAAGAUGGGAAAUAGUCCUUCCAAGAAUAGGGCUCCUCCCUUGACUCGUACAGACACUGGGUCUUCUGCGAAGUCGUCAAGGUCAAUAAGAUCCAGAAUUUCUAAUAGAGAUGAUGCUGCCAGUUAUAAAACCGCGUCUUCGGAGUCUCCAAAAUUAGGACCGAAAUCUCCUCGUGUACUAUCCAGAAAGAACUCAUCUACCCAGGAGGACCACGAUAGGGAUGACGUGCCGAACUUAUCCAAUCUUAACAUCAAUGGCGGUUCUCAAGACAUGAGCUUACCACCAUCAAUGAUUAGAGUUGAACCAAAGCAACCAAUUCUAGUAAGACGAAAUACAAAUGAUUCGGAAUUCCCCAACACUCCAAAUACAAAGUCUUCAUUUAUGGCAGGAGGAUCUCCACCAAACAAUUCCAACACCCCAAAUAACAUCAGUAGAACGUCUACAAGGAACUCAUUCAACGGUGCAAGUUUCUCUGCUUCCCCACUGACAACCACCACCAAUGGAUUUGUGGGAGAUGGAGAUGCGGUAAAUGACGGAGCAGGCUCCGUCUCGGGAUCUAUAUCGGGCUCUGUUUCAGGGUCCGCAGCGGCAUCAAUUGCCGAUGAUCUGGCUAGUGUUCGAUCCGCAAUUGGUGAGAAUCCUCUUUCUAAAUUAAAGCUGAAUACUACACGGUCCAACUCAUUCAAUACUGCAGGGACAGUUUCUUCAUUAGAUCCACCUUCUAUAGACAUCGAAGAUCUUAUACAAAGACUUUUGGACGCAGGAUAUUCCGGGAAACGUACAAAGAAUGUUUGUCUUAAAAAUACUGAAAUUCAAGUUGUAUGUGCCAAGGCCAGAGAAAUAUUCCUUCUGCAACCAUCACUUCUUGAACUUUCACCACCAGUGAAAGUUGUUGGAGAUGUUCAUGGUCAAUAUGGAGAUUUAAUUAGAAUAUUCACUAAGUGUGGAUUUCCUCCACAAUCCAACUAUUUAUUCCUUGGUGAUUAUGUUGAUAGAGGUAAGCAAUCCUUGGAAACAAUUUUACUUCUUCUUUGUUAUAAGAUCAAAUACCCUGAGAAUUUCUUCUUAUUGAGAGGUAAUCAUGAAUGUGCCAAUGUCACUAGAGUGUAUGGGUUUUAUGAUGAAUGUAAAAGAAGAUGUAAUAUUAAAACAUGGAAAUUAUUUAUUGAUACAUUUAAUACCCUUCCAAUUGCAGCCAUUGUUGCCGGGAAGAUUUUCUGUGUUCACGGAGGACUUUCACCUGUUUUAAACUCCAUGGAUGAAAUCAGAAACAUUGCACGCCCAACCGAUGUACCAGACUUUGGAUUACUUAAUGAUAUUCUAUGGUCAGAUCCGGCAGAUACAAUGAAUGAAUGGGAAGAUAACGAAAGAGGUGUGUCAUAUGUUUUCUCCAAGGUUGCUAUCAAUAAAUUUUUACUGAAAUUUGAAUUUGAUCUUGUUUGUCGAGCACAUAUGGUUGUUGAAGAUGGUUACGAAUUUUUCAAUGAUCGUACAUUAGUGACGGUAUUUUCAGCACCAAAUUAUUGUGGAGAAUUCGAUAAUUGGGGUGCAGUUAUGAGUGUAAGUGAUGAAUUAUUAUGUCUGUUUGAAUUAUUGGAUCCAUUAGAUGGCACUGCAUUGAAACAAGUACUUAAACAGGGGAGACAAGAAAGAAGGGCCGCUCAACAGCAGCAACAACUGCAACAAUUACGAUAAACACUGUAUGUAUGACAUAUGGGAUGGGUAUUGCAGUCACAGAUUUUUUCUAAUCUUGUUUUAGCUACAUUUAACACUAAUCCCUUAUCUACAGUAAGACCACAAUAACCAAACUAGAGUUAGGGGUAUAUAUUCAUGAGUGUUUGUUGCAAAGAAUAAAAAGGAAAAAAAAAUGAAAUUACAAGUUGAAAAGACGGAAAACGAUAAAAAAAAAGCAAAAAAAAAAAAGCAAAAGAAACGAAUCAAAUACGAAGAU